GGCUGGUUGCGCGCGCAGAAAGCGAGUGUACGGGGGAGUUCAAGAUGGCAGCGACCAUGUUUCGGGCUGUGCAGCGGGGCUGGAGAACCGGUGUCCCGCCGGGCUGCGGGCUGCGGCGACUGACCCAGGGGCCUCCUGAUUACCCCAGCUUCGUGGAGUCUGUGGAUGAAUACCGUUUUGUGGAGCGCCUGUUACCCCCCACCAGCAUCCCAAAGCCCCCAAAGCAUGAACAUUAUCCCACUCCUAGUGGCUGGCAGCCCCCCAGAGACCCCCCACCCAACCAGCCCUACUUUGUGCGACGCUCUCGUAUGCACAACAUCCCAGUCUACAAGGACAUCACGCAUGGAAACCGUCAGAUGACUGUGAUCCGGAAGGUGGAGGGGGACAUUUGGGCCCUGCAGAAGGAUGUGGAAGAUUUCCUGAGCCCGCUGCUGGGGAAGACACCUAUCACCCAGGUCAAUGAGGUGACAGGUACCCUUCGGGUCAAGGGCUACUUUGACCAGCAGCUCAAAGCCUGGCUUCUGGAGAAGGGCUUCUGAAGCCCAGCUGAGCAGCCUGCAUGACCAGUGUUCCCCUGCGACUGGAGUGCCGGGGAUCUCAGGAGGGAAGUGGCUAUUGAGGCAGCUAGGGGAAAGGGGCACAGAGACCAGGGUGAGGGCCGUGGAGCAGGCCUUGUUUGCAUAAAGGAGGAAAUGGGAUUCUGUAUAGGUGCCAGCACUGGGGGAGGGCUGUCUAAUAUUGGAGACCCACCAGGAACAGCCAAGCUAGGGGGGAGCAUUAAUUCCCCCACCCCCCCCACUUUGGCAUGUUCCUGCUUUCCCUUCAUUGGAGCUCCUUGGACUCAGCUAUUCAAGCUGUAGAGGUUGUUGAUUGCCCCUCUGUUGGAAGCAGUAGCCCAGCCCAGUUUACAGGAGGGUAGCACAGGGCAGACCCAUUGGGUACAUUCCUUCCUUGGCCCGCAGACCCUCACUGCGGCAAAAAAUCCCUGAGCCCUUGCUCUAGGUCAGACCUGACUUGGUAGAGGCUACAGAGAACACAACACGACUCAGACGUGGGUCCUGGAGGUCUUCAGUUCCAAGUGUAGUGCACGUCAGCCCCUCGGCUCAUUCCUUUUACCCAUGGAGAGGCAAAAAGGCCAGUUACCUCUAUUCCAUUCCAUAUUAAGAGUUGGGUCUGACUGGGUUUCCAGCUCCAGCAAAUUAAUUGAUUAGCUUUAGCUAGUCUGCCCACAAGGGGCUCCUCGAGCGCUCCUAGCAGCCCAGCACAGGGCCAUCCUUCCCAGGUUGCUGACCUAGUAUCAAGGCUGGACAGGGGGUUUGCAGGCAGGAAGAUGUGACCUUUUGUCCCUGCCAUCCCAUCCCACCCCACCCCACCCCAGCCAAGGAACCUUCACACUUGCCUCAUCCUUGGGAGUCACAAGGGCCAAAGGCCCGAGUUCCCACCCCACCUCAGCGGCAAGCUGGCUUAAGACAGUGUUCAGAGCCUGGCUCCCCUACUUGCUCUGACCUAAGGCAGGGUACUUAACCUUUCUGGGGUUCAGUUUCUUCAUAUGUAAAAUGGGUAUAUCGUCCUAAUACCUUAAUAUUCAACAUUGUGCCCAAGAACAGUGCUGGCUUGUGUAAGUAAACCCUCACUCCUGGAGAUUCCAGGCCACUCUCGAGUCUACGGCCUGGGUUAAGAAAAAGGAGCGUGGCACACUGAUCCUAUCACACCAGUUCCACCAGUCAUUAAUGCAAGUUUUUAUUUGGCUGUAUAUACAAUUUAAGCUAUUAAAAUUUGUACAAUAUUUACAAAUUAAAUAAUCAUCUGAAA